AUGAAUUUUGAUUGCGAAUUUGAUAUUCCAAAGGAUAGCAAUCCAAUUAGUGGCAAUCAAAAUGAACAAAAUGAUAUUGGGUAUUUAAAUUCCAAUAAUUUUAGUUCAAGUUUAUACUCAGCGGAUACAUUGGAUGAUAAUCCAUUUUUAGACAUUAAUAAGCAACUGAAUUUUGAUAUUAACAAUAAUUUUAAAAAAAAUUCUGAAACUAGUUCAAAUAAUAUUAAUGAAGACCCAUUAAUUAAGAAAUUUCACUCAUUAUCUUCGGGGAUUGAGAAAAUUGGACAAGCCAUUGACAAUGAAUAUAUCAAUCUUGAGGCCUUGAAAUAUUCCUUUAUAGUGAAAUUUCAAGAGCCGUUAUUGGAAUUGAAUAAGAACAUCAAAAAUUUUUUAAAAGAAGUUUUGAUUUUUAAAAAAUUAAAAGAUUUGCAAUAUCUAAUAAUAUUUAAAAAAUUGAUGAAAUUUAUUAAAAAGAUUAAUGAUCUAAGGUUUUUGGAUGAAAAAAUGAAUCAAUUAGACGAAGUUUUAAAACAAAAUUCAAAAGAAAGCAAUACUUUCAGAGAAGCUUAUAAGAGACGUGAACAAAGUAAAUUGAAAUUAAAACAGAAAGAAGAACAAGAGGCGAUAAUGAAUUCACCAACGAAAAAUAGUAGUAGUAAUCUUAAUGAUAAUAAUGAAAACGAUAAUAAUAAUAAUAAUAAUAAUAAUAAUAAUAAUACUGCGAAUAAUUCUGCUAGUGAAAGUAUAUUUGAAGGAUCUGAAACCAUUGGGACUAUAAAUAGUAGCAUAUUCAAUAAUUUUACUGGGAAUUUUGGUAACAGUGGUUUUAAUGCUGAUAUUAGUGGUGUUAAUAAUAAUAGUAAUAAUGCGUUGAGUGAUACAAAUUCUAAUUCCAAUUCCAAUGGAGAUUCAUCAACUAACUCGAAGUUGAAUUCAUCGACGUUAUUGACCAAUUGGAAAACGUUAUUUAUUGGAAAAAAGUUAGUUACUCAAAACCCUGAACAAAUGACGUUUAAUGAAAGAAAAAUAGCUAUUAACAAAUUGGAGAAGGAUAUUGAGAAGUUUAUUGAAUUGUUGAAUAUUUCCAAGAGGGAUAUUACUAUUAUAGAUCAAUCGAUUAAUGAAAACUAUAUUAAAUUGAUUUCUAAUACAAAGUAUGAAAUCAAUAAGAUAUUGUUAGAAUUUAGCAAAUUGUUAAUAGUUUGGUUUAAAGAGAAUUUACGGGUUUGGGUGACAGCUAGAAGACAUAUUCAGAAUAAUGUUUAUUAUCUAAAAAUGAAUUACCGACACGAUAAGAGAAUCCCAAAGUAUGUCCGACACCCAUAUGAUGAAAGUUCUGAUGAAGAUAGUGAAGAAGAAAAAAAUAACAGUAAUGCUCAAGAUAAUAUUGGUGGCAGUAAUAAUGAAGAAAAUUACAAUGAAGGCGAUACUAUUGGAAAAGGAAAACAAAAACUAAAGAACGAGGAGGAAGCACCUGGUAAUUUGAACAAAAAUAGUAUAAAAUUAGAGAAAAAAGAGAAGAAAUUGGAUCAAGAGAUUGAAAAACACAAUGAGCUUUUGACCAAUAAAACAUCCCAAGAUAAAAAGGCUGGAGAUAAGAAUGAUGAAGAAAAUGGCGAAGAAGAUGAUGAUGAAGAGGACGACGAUGAUGAUGACGAUAAUAUUCUUGUUCAUAACAGAAACCAUCUAUACAACAGUGACAGUGAGAGCGACGAUUCCUCUUGA